GCGAGGCUCUGACGUCACCUAGGUGAGUGAUGUCAGACAGGAACCAGGGGAAGGGAGCUUGACAAAUCAAGAUGGCGUCCCACGCCGAAGCAGGAAAGAGGUUUCCAAAUAAAUAAAACUCAUCCGGAGGACGGUCAGACUCGAGCGGCGCUUGGACCGAGACGUCGGUUGUAUUUGGACAGAACAGGACGAAGCAGAUACCGUUCUGUUUUCAGAGUCUCUAAAUGGCUGCGAGGAAGUCUGGAUCAGAUGCAUACAACAAUGGACCCAUCAGCUACCUUGAUGAAGUUCCCUUCAAGAUCAACGACAAGUUCCGCUGCCCAGCCAAAGUUGGGCUGCCUGUUGGUUUCUGCUUGCCUGACUGUGGCUCUUUGCUGGUGGACACACAGUAUGACUUUUCUCUGGAGAGACGCAGCGUGCGGUGGGGGGUUGAACUGGCGGAAGCCAGAGCAGCAGAGGCCCGAGCAGAGGAGGCAGCUCACAAGCAGGAGGCAGACAGCAGGGAGUGUUUGGCUAAAGCCCAGGACAUUGAUGGUGGUGGAGGGAAAAAACCCCGGUCAGCUGCAGAUGACCAAGACCUUCUACCACCAGCAAUGAACCCCGUCCUGGCGAGGCUGAGCCAUAAUGACAUCCUCACUCCACUGCCUGCUACAAGCCUUGGCCCCAGGAAAGCCCCGCCUAGUAUUCCUCAGCUGCACAGCCUCAACCUAGCAGACUUUGAGCGGGAAGAGGACCCCUUUGACAAGCUGGAGCUCAAAACUUUGGACGAUAGGGAGGAGCUCAGGAACAUUCUCCAGAGCCAGCCCCAACCUCAGCCGCCUCCCUCUGUAUCCCCACCAGAGCUUUCCCAGAUAGGGUCUUUGUCUCGAGGAAACAGCCCAUCUCCUCCGAGCAGCAACACCAGCCUCCCAGCCAAACAAGGCUUCACCCACAAACCCAACGGGUUGGUUGCCUUGCUGGACAUGGACAGGGUUGGACAUCAUGGGAGAGUGGGAUUUGAAACCGAUGACCGACCCUGUAACAUCCGCUCUCUGACUUUUCCCAAGCUCUCUGAUUCUGGUGACCCAGAACCAGUGAGGUACAGCCACUUCCCUGCACCCAUUCCUGCUCAUAGACAGAACCUCCCCAACGGAAGCCCUCCGACCACUCCCAAGACCCAAGUUAUUGUUGCCCCUGAGCCACCUAGCCACAUCAAGAGUGGUCCACCUAAACAGACCAACCCAGGGUCUGCUGGUCUGCCGUGUGGUGGAGCCCUGCUCAGCAUGACUCCCAGCGAGCGUCAAUGUGUGGAAACCCUUGUAGGCAUGGGUUACUCCUAUGAGGGCGUCCUACGGGCCAUGCAGAGGCAAGGACAAAACGUGGAGCAGGUACUGGAUUAUCUUAUUUUAUCUGGACGUCUGUGUGAUCGGGGCUUUGAUGCAAGUCAAGUGGAGGAAUGUUUAGAGAUGUACCAAUGCUCAGAGGAAAAGACCCUGCAGUUUCUUGAACUAAUGUCGAGAUUUGGUGAAAUGGGAUUUGAGCGGGACGCCAUCAAAGAGGUGCUGCUGGUCCACAACAAUGAUCAGGACAAGGCUCUAGAGGACCUGAUGGGUCGUGCUGCAGCCAGCUGAGCCGAGCUAACCAGCCCACCGGAGCCCAGCCCAGGGCUUGCUUCCCGCCACCACCCGACACAGCCCCCUUCUGCCUAUCCCAUCACACCAUGCCCUGUCCUUGCCUUGGCUGUGGAGGGAACAGCUGGGAAACAGUUGUAUUUCUCUCUGUGCUUAAGCGUAUUGUGUCUCAGCACUUCUUAAAGACCGUGUGCCUAGAUUGGAGGGGGGUCAAAGUGUAACAAUUCUUCACGGUGGAGGUUUCUUUUGGUUUUUAAGAAAUCCUGGAGUUGGGCUCCAGGAUUUGGUACUGAUAGAUUAUUCAAGAACGACCGAGCUUUGAUGGAGAAACUGGAAGAAGUGGGCUGUGGCGUUUAUGCCAUUCUGAUUUGCUUCCACUUGGAAGUGUUUAUUAUUCUGCUGGCAAAGCUUCAGGACAGAAAGGGGAGCCGGUGACACUAUGUGCACACGGACCGACCAGUUUGAACUCUUGAAGCUCCAAAACAGUUAAGCUGCCAUCUUCCACUGCUCAGUGCAGACCUAGUAAAUGGUGGAGGCGAUAGGGGGCUCUCUUCAAACCGAACUAACUAACAUUAAAAAAAGAAAAGAAAGGAAGAGGAAAAAACCCAGGCAGUGACCAGACACAGAUCCGACUCGCUGGAAGUGCCCUCUCUGCUCUGGUGCCCUGCAACUAGCUCUGUUCGACUUUAUGCUUUCAUUCAUUCACGUUUUUCUGUUUGUUUGAGCACUUUUUUUUCAUGUCAGUUCAAAGAUUCCGUUUCUUUGCUUUAAGGUUUGGGAAACAACAUAAUUGAUCUUUAGUCAUUAUAACUCCGAACAUAAGAGAUACUACUGCCCCAGUGUUGCUCUUUGACCUGCACUGGAAUGGCCUGUUGAAGAUGUCGGGGAAGUUUCUCUGCAGGAGACAAGAAAUAUCCCAUAACCCUCUGGCACUGAGGUGUUGCAUACUGCACACAAGUUUCGUAAUUAUGAACUUAUUUAAAACAGUACACUGACACAUUCAUUUAAGAAUUUGAGUGUUUGAUAUGUUGAUGUCAGCUAUGUUAACUUACAAAAGUGAUGCUCUUAACUAUCACACACUUCUGUUUGUAGACUGGAAAAGAGCGAGUGGUUUAACAAGAAACAAAAUGUAAGUGAGGAUUGUUCCUGCAGCCUCAUCACUGUGCAAUAGACAUAUUUCUUAUUAUGUGACUGUUGUUUGACAUUUUGAGCUUCAAGUUAUUGUUGGGAGGUAAGGAAAUUGUUUUCAAGCCUGGCUGGGAAUUUGGAUGUAGCCAGAGAAAGGUUUUGAUUUCAGUGUUUUCUAUCAUUUUUUCUCUGUUAUUGGAUUUCAUGCCACAAAAUCUAAUCAAACAUGACUUCAAAUUUGUUGACUGGUCCACUUUGUUUUCUCUUGUUUAAUGUGAAAUGAGAGUUCAACUUGAUUUUAGGUUUGUUAGCAUCUCCACUGUCUUAAAUGUUAAGUUGAAAGGUCAGUCACCACAUGCAAGAAGUGUUUUCACACGUGUUGAGAGGUCGUCAUCCCUAAUUUGUCAACCUAAAUAUGUUCUAAAACAUGUCAGCUCAGCUGCACCAAGGGCAAAGACUGCAGAAGUUCUCAUGAUCUUGUGCUCCUGUGGUACUGAUGAGAAUUGAGAGAGGCUCUGUAAAAGAUUAAGGGCUUAAAGUUGGAAAAUGUCUCUUUGAGAGAAAUGCUCCUUAGUUCAGAGCUGGGCUUGUCACUUGUUAUCUGCUUCACAAAUAUACUAUUUUACAAGUGUAUUUUACAACAACCCAGGGGUUUGGUACAUUUAUUUAUUGUGCAGUUUAUUGUCUAUUCAGACAUCACUCUCUAUUUGUUUGAAAAUGUUAGCGACCACAUGAUUGCCAAUGUAGAGUACCACUCCAACCAGAGGGAUGAGCAUGUGCUUUCAGUAAAUUGAAACAGCUUUGCUCGUUUAUCCUAGCAUCCUGAAAGUGACAUCACAAAACUUCAACUAAAAGGUGUCUUUAUGUUGUUGAUACCUUGAUUGGCAAAUAAGUGCUGUCGGCAUUCAUCUCUUUUUAAUUUACUGUGAAAAAGGAGAGCAUGACUCUUACCUCACAGAUUAUCACAUGAGAGGUUGUUGUCUUCCUACACAACUAAAGUGUGGUUUUGUUGAUCCUACACAAAACAAGCUGAUGUCCACUUGCCUCUCUCACUCUGACAGCCACAAAAGCUUGGCUGACUUCAGUACAGCAGGUUCUGGAGCUUCUGCAUCAAUGCCCCCUUCCACCUCUGUUGUGACCUUUCAGUUCUGUGGGGAUGAGGUGCAACUAGGUUCUCAUUAUUUUAGAGGUUAUGUUUGAAGGUUUGUUUAUCAGAUCCACUUUAAGUCACUUCGUAGUAGAACACUGGGGGGCUCUAAUUCAUCUAAUGGACAUUGAUCUUAAUGGUAAAAUGAAAGGUGGGUGAAAUGAGGGUUUGUUCCCAAGCUACUCAAACAAUUGCAAAACGUUCAAUUCCCUUUUGGAUCAUCUGGAAAAUCCAUAUGAUUAAAUGUGCACAUCUUUUCCAGUG